GGUGGCUCAUCGGUGGGGGUCCGGGUGUUCGCGGUCGGCCGCUACCAGGUCACCCUGGAGGAGUCCCUGGCCGAAGGUGGAUUCUCCACAGUUUUCCUGGUGCGGACUCAUAGUGGAGUCCGAUGUGCAUUGAAGCGAAUGUAUGUCAAUAACAUGCCAGACCUCAACAUUUGUAAAAGGGAAAUUACCAUAAUGAAAGAGCUGUCUGGUCACAAAAAUAUUGUGGGUUAUUUGGACUGUGCUGUUAAUUCCAUUAGUGAUAAUGUAUGGGAAGUGCUCAUCUUAAUGGAAUAUUGUCGAUCUGGACAGGUAGUGAAUCAGAUGAAUAAGAAGCUGCAGACAGGUUUUACGGAAUCAGAAGUGUUGCAAAUAUUCUGUGAUACCUGUGAAGCUGUUGCAAGGUUGCAUCAGUGUAAGACUCCGAUAAUUCACCGGGAUCUGAAGGUAGAAAAUAUUUUGUUGAAUGAUGGUGGAAACUAUGUACUUUGUGACUUUGGCAGUGCCACUAAUAAAUUUCUUAAUCCUCAAAAAGAUGGAGUUAAUACAGUAGAAGAAGAAAUUAAAAAGUAUACGACUUUGUCAUACAGAGCCCCUGAAAUGAUCAACCUUUAUGGAGGGAAACCCAUCACCACCAAGGCUGAUAUCUGGGCACUGGGAUGUUUACUCUAUAAACUUUGUUUCUUCACUCUUCCUUUUGGUGAGAGUCAGGUUGCCAUCUGUGAUGGCAGCUUCACCAUCCCAGACAAUUCUCGUUACUCCCAUAACAUACAUUGCUUAAUAAGGUUCAUGCUUGAACCAGAUCCAGAGUGUAGACCUGAUAUAUUUCAAGUGUCAUAUUUUGCAUUUAAAUUUGCCAAAAAGGAUUGUCCAAUCUCCAACAUCAAUAAUUCUUCUAUUCCUUCAGCUCUUCCUGAACCGAUGACAGCUAGUGAAGCAGCUACUAGGAGAAACCAAAUAAAAGCCAGAAUAACAGAUACCAUUGGACCAACAGAAACCUCAAUUGCACCAAGACAAAGACCAAAGGCCAACUCUACUACUGCCACUCCUAGUGUGCUGACCAUUCAAAGUUCAGUAACACCUGUUAAAGUCCUUGCUCCUGGUGAAUUCAGUAACCACAGACCAAAAGGAGUACUGAGACCUGGAAAUGACCCUGAAAUUUUAUUGGAUCAGGGAUCUCCUCAGCAGCCACCACAGCAGCAUAGAGUACUUCAACAACUACAACAGGGAGAUUGGAGAUUACAGCAACUUCAUUUACAGCAUCGUCAUCCUCACCAGCAGCAACAGCAGCAUCAGCAGCAUCAGCAGCAUCAACUACUUCAGGAUGCUUAUAUGCAGCAGUAUCAACGUGCAAUGCAGCAGCAACAGAUAUUUCAACAACAGUUUUUAAUGCAUUCAGUAUAUCAGUCACAACCUUCUGCAUCACAGUAUCCUACAAUGAUGCAGCAGUAUCAGCAGGCUUUUUUGCAGCAACAGAUGCUAGCUCAACAUCAGCAGUCUCAGCAACAGACAUCACCUGAAUAUCUUACCUCUCCUCAAGAGUUCUCAUCAGCCUUAGUUUCUUACACUUCGUCACUUCCAGCUCAAGUUGGAACCAUAAUGGACUCCUCUUACAGUGCCAAUAGGUCAGUUGCUGAUAAAGAUGCAGUUGCAAAUUUUACAAAUCAGAAGAACAUCAGUAACCCACCUGAUAUGUCAGGGUGGAAUCCUUUUGGAGAGGAUAAUUUCUCCAAGUUGACAGAAGAGGAACUGCUGGACAGAGAGUUUGACCUUCUAAGAUCAAACAGGUUCGAGGAGAGAGCAUCCUCAGAUAAGAAUGUAGACCCACUCUCUGCUCCACAUAACCAUCCUCCAGAAGAUCCUUUUGGUUCUGUUCCUUUCAUUUCUCAUUCAGGUUCUUCUGAAAAGAAAGUUGAACAUUUGCCCAUGAAUCAAGAAAAUAGCACUGCCAACCCUGUCAGGAACAGAAAAGCAAGCCCAGUAUCUAAAGAGCAGCGGUCUGGAAAGAAAACCUCAGAGAAUUCAUCAGUACAGGGUCAAGUACAGAAGGGGAAUGAUGAAUCUGAAAGUGAUUUUGAAUCAGAUCCCCCUUCUCCUAAGAGUAGUGAAGAGGAAGAACAGGAGGAUGAAGAAGUUCUUCAGGGAGAACAAGGAGAUUUUAAUGAUGAUGAUACUGAACCAGAAAAUCUGGGUCAUAGGCCUCUCCUUAUGGAUUCUGAAGAUGAGGAAGAAGAAGAGAAACAUAGUUCUGAUUCUGAUUAUGAGCAGGCUAAAGCAAAGUACAGUGAGGUAAGCCCUGUAUACAGAGACGAAUCUGGCAGUGGACCAACCCAAGAUCCUAAUACAACACUCCUCACCCCAAUGCAAUCACCCUCUGAUGUUGGGGUGGAGACUCCCAAACAGGAGUUUGAUGUAUUUGGCGCUGUCCCCUUCUUCGCAGUGCAUGCUCAACCUCAGCAAGGAGAGGAUGAAAAGAACUUCUCUCAACAGAGGCUUCCUACUGUGGGACUACAGCAAGAGGAAUUUGAUGUAUUCACAAAGGCGCCCUUUAGCAGGAAAGUGAAUGUACAAGACUGCCGUGCGGUAGGACCUGAUGCACAUACUCUCCCUGAUUGUCCCAAAGGUGUAGAUAUAUUUGGCUCCACUCCAUUUCAGCCCUUUCCCACAUCAACAAAUAAAAGUGAAAGUAACGACCUUUUUGGGCUUGUGCCCUUUGAGGAAAUAACUGGGGGUGAGCAGCAAAAGGUCAAACAGCGCAGCUUACAGAAACUGUCCUCUCGCCAAAGGCGCACAAAGCAGGACAUGUCCAAAAGUAAUGGGAAGCGGCACCAUGGCACGCCAACUAGCACAAAGAAGACUUUGAAGCCUACCUACCGCACUCCGGAGAGGGCUCGGAGGCACAAAAAAGUGGGCCGCCGAGACUCUCAAAGCAGCAAUGAAUUUUUAACCAUCUCGGACUCCAAGGAGAACAUCAGCGUUGCACUGACUGACGGGAAGGACAGGGGAAAUGUUCUACAACCUGAGGAGAGUCUGUUGGACCCUUUUGGUGCCAAGCCCUUCCAUCCUCCAGACCUGCCAUGGCACCCUUCACAUCAGGGCCUGAGCGACAUCCGUGCUGAUCAUAAUACUGUCCUACCUGGGCGGUCAAGACAGAAUUCACUACAUGGAUCAUUCCAUAGUGCAGAUGCAUUGAGAAUGGAUGAUUUUGGUGCUGUGCCCUUUACAGAACUUGUGGUGCAAAGUAUCACUCCACAUCAGUCCCAACAGUCCCAACCAGUCGAAUUAGACCCAUUUGGUGCUGCUCCAUUUCCUUCUAAACAAUAGAUACUUCUGAUGGAGUCUUGGCAUUAACUCCUGUUUCAAAAAAGUAUAAAUAAUUUUAUGAAUUUUAAA